GUCUGUGCCGAAAGUGGUAGGAAGAAGACGACGCACUGCUGCUUCUCAUCUCCAAUACAGGUUCGUCUUCUUAAUCAUUCAACCUUGCAGUUCUCUUGAUCGAACAGGGUAUGGGUUUAGGGAAUGAUUCUCUAUUUGUUUAUGUAUUUUACUUUCUUGAUCGAACAGGGUCUUCCCCUCUUGCUUUUAGAAGCCUCCAUCCUCGUUCUAGGUCCUCCCUCCAUACCUUCUUAUAUGCGCAGAUUUCUUUUACUUUAUCGUUUCGUUUUCAUUAGUUGACAAUUGUUGCUUUCACUUCAAUGUUGAAUUAAUUUUUAUCAAUAAAGCAUGCAUUUUGAUGGUCUUUCUGUGAUUAUUUGACUAACAAAAGGUCUCUGUUGGAUUGGAUAAUUUGCAAUUAGGGAUUGAAAAAUCUAUGCACCCAAGUUGCUUUCAAUGUGACCCUAACCAAUGCUCUUUGUUUAAUUGUUUGCUUCUCUUUAGACUUUCUUUAAGCUCCUCUGAACUUCCUUUAUUUGUGCUAUCUUUGUCCUAUGGGGCGGUCUUCCUUUAUGCACUAUUAUAAUGCAGUGAUGGCUCGAACGAUGCGAAAGAAGAAAUUGGUUGCUGCAUUGUCUCUGUGGAACGAAAUUGUUUCCUCGAUUGUUCAAAUUUUUUUAUCUAUUAUGUAUUGCAACAUCACUCCAAACGUUAAGACCAAGAGGUUGGUCUUAUAUAUUAGAUUUUGCAGUUCAAAGAUCACACCUUAGAAAUCUAGUGUACUCAAGUGACAAUACAUGCAUUGCACAAUUAAGAAUGAAUAGGGUGACUUUUGGAAAUCUAUGGUCUAUGUUAAAGAAUUUAGGAGGUCUAAAACCAACAAAAAACAUAUUGGUGGAUGAACAAGUUGCAAUAUUCUUGCAUAUUUUGGCUCACCAUGUCAAGAAUAGGGUUAUCGAGUUUAGAUUUAAGCGAUCUAGUGAGACUAUUAGUCAAUACUUUAGGAGGGUUUUGAACGUUGUCAUUUGUCUACACGGGGAGCUAUUGAAACAACCUAUACCUGUGCCAUCAAACUCAACAGAUCAGAAAUGGAGAUGGUUUAAGAAUUGUUUGGGUGCUUUAGAUGGAACACAUAUCAAAGUAAGAGUACCAGUAGCGGAGAAAGCUAGGUACCUAAUCGUAAAGGUGAAAUUUCAAUCAAUGUGCUUGGUGUGUGCGGACCCGACAUGAAUUUUAUCUAUGUGCUUCCUGGUUGGGAGGGUUCUACAUCUGAUGGGAGGGUACUACGUGAUGCCAUUAGUAGGCGCAAUGGUCUAAAAGUCCCACAAGGUGAGAAUGCAUGAUCAUACAUUGUAAAUUAGUUCAAUAAAUCACAGAAUGCAUAAUAGUAACCGUCCUA